UCAAAAAAAUAUAAGAAAUCUGUGAAAUAUCAAAAAAUAUAAACAAUGCAUUUACUAAUCUCAAUAUAUCUGCAAUUUGUCGAUCAACCAAUAGAGUCUUAUUUUCUUGAAAAAACACUUUCUUUGCCAUGGAAUACCAAUUCUUCCCAAUCCUUUGGACCUUCUUGCUCUUCAUUUUUAUGGUAUUGAUCAGAGUAUGGAAGAAAUCAGAAAGCAGCAACUCAGUCCCAAAUCUUCCACCAGGUCCAUGGAAGUUACCUAUAAUAGGAAGCAUGCACCAUUUAGCUGGCUCGCUUCCACAUCGCCGCCUUAGAGACUUGGCCAACAAGUAUGGACCUAUUAUGCAUCUUCAGCUCGGUGAGCUUAGUAAUAUCGUCGUUUCUUCGCCUGAAAUGGCUAAAGAAGUGAUGAAAACACACGAUAUCACGUUCGCUCAAAGGCCUUUUCUCCUUUCCGCAAGUAUUACAACUUAUAAUUUUUCAGACAUUGCAUUUGCACCAUACGGAGAUUAUUGGAGACAGAUGCGGAAAAUUUGCACGCUCGAGCUACUAACCGCAAAACGCGUGCAGUCGUUCCGAUCAAUAAGGGAAGAAGAAGUAUCGAAACUUAUGAGAUCCUUGUCUUCAGGUGCAGCAGGAUCUCCAAUCAACUUCAGCAAGAUGUUCAAUGCUGUGACCUAUAGCAUCAUUUCAAGAGCAGCGUUUGGCAAGAUAUGGAAGGGAGAAGAAAUUUUUAUACCAAUUGCAAAGCAACUAAUAGAAGCAGCUGGAGGUUUUACUCUUUCUGAUGUGUACCCUUCCAUCAAAUUACUUCACUGGAUAAGCGGGAUGGUGCCUAAGAUUAAGAAAAUUCAUCAAACAGCAGAUAGCAUAUACCAAAGCAUCAUUGAUGAUCACAGAACUAAAAGGGCAGAAGCGAAAUCAGAUGCUUACGAUGAAGAAGAUUUCGUAGAUGUCCUUCUUAAUUGUCAGGAACAAGGAGACCUCGAUAUCCCUAUAACAGACGAUAAUAUAAAAGGAGUUCUUGUGGACACUUUCAUUGCUGGUAGCGAGACAUCAGCUACGACAGUAGAAUGGGCAAUGUCCGAGCUGCUGAAAAAUCCAACAGUAAUGGAAAAGGCACAAGAAGAGGUGAGGAGGGUCUUUGCAACAGAAGGAACUGUUCGUGAAGAACGACUCCACGAACUCAACUACUUAAAGUCGGUCAUCAAGGAAACUCUACGACUACACUCUCCUCUCCCAUUAUUGCUUCCAAGAGAAUGCAGAGAAAGCUGUGUGAUUAAUGGUUAUGACAUUCCAGUCAAAUCCAAGGUCAUUGUAAAUGUGUGGGCGAUUGGAAGGGAUCCCAAUUACUGGCCGGAAGCUGACAAAUUCAAUCCAGAGAGAUUUCGUGAUAGUUCCAUUGACUAUAAGGGGACAGAUUUUGAACUUCUCCCAUUUGGUGCAGGAAGAAGGACCUGUCCAGGAAUAUUGUUCGGCAUAUCUAAUGUCGAGUUUCCACUUGCACAGUUGCUAUACCAUUUUGACUGGGAACUGCCCUCGGGAGUGAAUCCAGAAGCUCUCGACAUGGAUGAAGUUUUUGGAGCCGUAGUGAAGAGGAAAAACGAUCUCUGCUUAAUUCCUACGCCAUACAUUCCUCCGCUUGCGAAGUAAAAACGUCAAGGAAAUGAGCACAUUGGAGAUUUAUAAAUUUGGUCAAUUGCUAUGGCAACAUUUGCAUAAUUGUUCAUGUUCAUUUAUGUUACUGUCCAAAUACUGUUUGUGUAAAUGUGAAGAGCUUUUAAGGUUGAUUUGUCUGUUAUGCUUGGGUUCUUAUAUUCCUGUUCUGUUUCAGUGAACAGAGUUAAUUCUAGUUCGAGCUAAAACAAUGUUUGUCAAUUUGCAAUGAAAUUAAGCCUUUUAAGCAUUCA